UAUUAUUUGUUUUAUCAUCGUAGUCGAAUUGUAAUCUGAAUAGUGAAUACUGAAUCACUUAUAAUUUACAUUAAUACUGCGAUCGUUGUCGAGGCCGAUUUAUCGUCGUCCCGCACAAAUUCUUCUCGAAUACCGCCAGUCAUCACAGAAACGAUGGGAAAAAACAAGAAGGCCAUCAGUUCUGACGACUCUUCCGAAUUCAGCGACGAUGAUACAAGUUUGGCCAAAAAGAAGAAACGUUCCAAAGCCUCGUCGCCUCCUAGUCGCAGUUACAAGUCAAAGACCAAGAAAAAGUUGUCGAAGAAGACAAUUUACGAUUCGGAUUCAUCAUCGUUGUCCGAAGGUGAGAUAGCCUCAGAUGAGGAACCAAAAAAGAAGCCGAACCGCAAGCGGCCCGGAAAGAAGUAUGACAUGUCUGAUGAUUCAUCAGAUAGUAGUGUCGGGUCUGAAAUCCAAAGUCCAGUCCAAGAGAUUAGUCAGGUUAGUGAAUCUUCUGAAGAUUCUGAAGAAGAAUUCAAUGAUGGUUAUGAUGAAGAGUUGAUGGGAGAUGAUGAAGACAGAGAACGUCUUGCACAAAUGACUGAAAAAGAACGAGAAACUGAAAUAUUUAAACGUAUUGAAGCUAGAGAAAUUAUGAAAACAAGAUUUGAAAUAGAGAAAAAGCUUAAACGUGCUAAAAAAAAGGAAAUGAAAGAACAAAAAUCUUUAGAAAGAAGUAUGUCCUCAAACAGAUCAGACUCACCAUAUUCAGGUUCUUCUAUGCCCCUCGAUUUAAAAGAUCGUGUGAAAGAAAGAAAGAAAAAUGUUGAAGAAAAUAAAGGAAAAGGAGAUAAAAAAGCUGCAAUGAGCAUGUUAAAAGCAAGACGAGAAGAAAAACGAGAAAGAGAGGAAGAAAAAGAAAAACAACUUAAGAAAGAUAUGGAAAAAAAAGGAGAUGACGAUGAUGAAGAAACUAGUGACAAACAAAGUGAUCAAAAUCAAUCCAAAUUAAAAGCUUCCGAUAUUUAUUCAGAUGACAGUAAUUCUUCAAGUGAUACUGAUUCAAGCGAAUCAGUUAAAAAAAGUCGUCACUUUUUUGACUCUGAUUCAGAUACCAAUGAGAAAAAAGUACAUUAUAUUACAAAACGAGAUGAAUUGAAUAAAAUUAGACUGUCAAGAUUUAAAAUGGAAAAAUUUGUGCACUUGCCUACAUUCGAGAAAACUGUCAUAGGAUGUUUUGUUCGCAUUGGAAUCGGCAAUUAUAAUGGAGUUCCGGUAUAUCGGGUUGCUGAAAUUUGUAAUGUCUGUGAGACAGCUAAAGUGUAUCAGUUAGGAAGUACUCGUACUAACAAAGGAUUAAGACUUAAGCAUGGUACAAAUGAAAAAGUUUUUCGUUUGGAAUUUAUAAGCAAUCAAGAGUUUACAGAGAGUGAGUUUGUUAAGUGGAAAGAACUCUGCCACAUGAAUCGAAUACCAUUACCUACUCUAGCUGAACUUGAAAUUAAAGUGAGAGAUAUUAAAGCUGCUCUGGCAUAUCAAUUCAAAGAAGAAGAUGUUGAACAGAUUGUUCGAGAGAAAGAGCGUUUCAAAACAAAUCCCCAUAACUAUGCAAUGAAAAAGACUUCAUUAAUGAAAGAUAGAGAUGACGCACAGGCACUUGGCAAAGUAGAAGAAGUUUUGAAAAUUGAACAGCAACUAUCAGAUUUAGAGGAGCGAGCCAAUCAUUUAGACAAAAUGAGAACAAGCACAAUAUCUAGUAUAAGUUACAUAAAUGAUAGAAACCGUAAGCGGAAUGUCGAAGAAGCUGAAAAGGCUAUCUUGGAGGAACUCAAGGCUAAUAAAGGGAAAAAAAUUGACGACCCAUUCACUCGUAGAAGUACUAAACCAUGCAUGAAGUUUAGAGCAAAGCCAAAUUCUGCUAUCGACGGUUCAAUUGCAUCAGAAGUUGAAGAGUCCAAAAAUAUUAUUGAAACCAAUGACAUUAAGAAUGAUGGUAGUUCAUCUAAAAGCAAUUUGAUGAAGGCAGAUGAUUUAUAUGCUGUUCAUGACUUUGAUAUCGACUUAAACAUACAGUUACCAAUUUAGGUAUACUUAUUUAUAUAUAUAUAUAUAUAAAGAAAGUACUUGUGAGUUAUUUUGUAAAUAUAUUUAAGUAAAAUAACUAUUAUAGAACUGUGACUUGUAAUUUGUUGUGUAUCGAUGAUUAUUUUUACUUAAAAAAUGUAAAUUAGAUCAGCAUUUACUUUGAAAUUUAUGAUAUUCUCUCAUACAUUUCAUUCUUUUAGUAAAUGUACUUAAAUAUCUGUUAUAUAUAUUUAUCAAAAUUAAUUAUUAAAUAGUAGUAGAUACUUAGUUUAAAGCAAUUUAAUUAAUGUAAAUCAUAUAUUGAGUAUGAUCACAAUAUAAAACUGAUAAAAUUAUUAGAUUUAUUGAAUUUUAAAUGUAUCAUUAAUAAAUACAAAAAAAAAGUAACAUAUUUACUAAACUAAUUGUUUACCCUUUUUAUAGGUAAUAAGAUAUAGUGUUAGGUUAACUGUAAUGACAUUAAUUUUUAUUUUAAGGAAUUUAAAAUGUUAUUAAUUAAAAUUUAACAUGUAUGAUACAAUGAAACACAUCAAAUGUAAUAUUCUAAUAGUAUAGAUUAAAAAAUCUCAUAGUUUCUGUAAUUAUUGCGUCAACUUAUUCAAAAUUAUAUUUCCCUAUAAUUGCAAAACAUUUUAAUAAAAUAAGUACAGUAUUCGAAUUAGUUAAAAAUGUGAAAUUGGGUUUUAUAAAAAUAAAAACAUUUUAUUGCAUUUUUCAAUUCCCAUACGACAUGAAGGUGUAUUUAAUACCUACAUUAUAUUACUAAUAAUUCUAGUUGAAUUUCAUAUAUUUGAGCUUUGACAAAUAUAAUUGUUGAAGAACUGUGUUUUCAUGAUUAAGGGGAAAGUUGACUUAGGUUUCUUGCAGCAAUUUCUCCAUACCUAUUUUUUUUGUUGAUCAAUUGUAUAGUUGACAAUUAUAACUCGUAGAUAAUUAUAAACAUUAGUUGAUUACAAUGUCAAAAAUAUCAAAUCUGUUUUCACUAGCUCUCACCAUAAAUAGUUCCUAAUAACGACAUUAGAGACUAAAAUAUUCUCUAUGUUCGUAUUAACUAAUUAGGUAAGUCUAUUGAUGUUAGAUUGUAUUUUGAAGCUAAAUAUAUUUCUUAAUAAAAAUACAAAAUUAGAAUAGUAAACUAAGAAUGCAACAAAAUAAUAUUGCUUUAGUAUGAUAACAAUUAAAUGUAGUGACCUACUUUUAAAAAUCCACAUGUGGGUAUUGUAUUUUUUCUUGUAUCAACUUUUCUUAUUAUGUUAUUAAUAACUUUGUACCUACAAAUAAUUUUUUUUAUCUUUAUAUAAUAUAUUAUACAUUUUUUUUCAUAGGAAAUCUGAGUUGUAUUACGUUUAUUUCAUUUAUUGUGUAUAAAUAUAUUUUUGUUUCUGAUCUACUAUCGAGGUUACUUUCUGUGACAAAUAAAAUAUGAAAUAUGUUAAUAUUAUUACAUUGUGCUAUUUAAUGUUGUAUGGUUUUUUUAUUUUUAUGUUGGUAUCUUACAAGAAAUUUUUCAUUUAGUAUGCAGUGGUAUGUUACUUAUAAUUUUAGAAAAAAUGUAUUUCAAAAUUUAAAAAAAAAAAUAAAAAUUGUACAACAGAAA